CACAUGCUUGGGAAAUUCUAUCCAGUUCCCGAGCGUUAACUUACUGUGCCAAGGUUUUUGUAGUUGAAUGUGUCUCAGUCGCUCGCUGAUAAAGCUGUGUGUGUGACUGUCCAUACUAGACGGACGAUUGCUCUAUUAUUAUCGUUGUACUGAACACUCGGAAAAAGACAUCGGAUCAUACGGUACUAAAACACACGAUAUCCCAAUUUGCAUUAUCACCAACUUUGCAUGUCAGAACAUUGUAUGAUAUCGCAGGAAAGGAAUUAAUAUUUCGCAAUGUGGAAGAAUUCGUCAAACGGCACGGACGACGUGUGGUACGGCGACUGGUAUCUUGGUGUAGCUCAGAUUCUACCGGCUGUCAGCAUUGCGGUGAUCUCGGUGGUUGGAAUCAUCGGCAAUUCGCUGGUCAUAUGCAUCGUUGGAAGAAAUCGAAAAAUGUGGACCGUUACGAACUUGUAUAUCUCCAGUCUGGCCAUGACGGACAUCAUGUUUCUGAUAUGUUGCGGCGUUACCACGACAACGAUAACACUGACCGCUGACUGGUUGUUCGGCGAUUUCAUGUGUCGGUUUGUUGCUUAUAUGCAGUUGGUAACUGUGCAAGCAACAUGUGGGACUCUCACCGCCUUGACGGUAGAUAGAUACAAAGUGAUUACCAUGCCGUUAAGAUCAAUGGCAAUACGAACCACCAAAAAGACAAUGAUAUUGAUUGCCAUCAUUUGGUUAGGGUCUCUACUGCUACACAUACCAAUACCAAUAUACACAGGCGUUGAAACAGACGGAGAUCAACAUUUUUGUAUCCGAGUAUUUCCUAAUGCUAAUGCAGAUACGGUAUAUCUGAUUUACUCGUUGAUCAGUACCUAUCUGCUGCCGCUCGCCAUCGUCGCUGUAUGUUCUGGCCUAAUACUACGUGCCCUUUGGUGCCAACAGGAGCAUAGCCAGUUGCAUAAAAACAAGGACGAGGAGCGCGUGAGAAGGCAAAAAUGGCGUGUGACCAAAAUGGUGUUCACUGUCGCCGGAGUAUUUGCCAUCUGUUGGGCGCCUAUACAGAUGUUGAAUCUGUGGUGGUUAUUGGAUGAUAAUUUCCCCGAAACUGCAGCCACUCAUUAUUUCCGCUAUUUCUGCCUGUGCCUAUCGUACUCUAAUUCUACAAUGAACCCGUUCGUGUACGCGCUGAGUGGUCGUAAAUAUCGCCGCUAUCUGAGACGCCUGUUUCGCAAAAAACGUCAAGCUAAAUUUUCGCGGGGGUCGAUUACUACCACCACCACCUGCAACACCACCCUGACGACGAGCAUCAAAUUCCAUGGAGAGAACGGUCGAGGAGAUAAACCAUGUAUUCUGUGAAACGACCGCUGUUAUCAAGAUAUUUUCAAAAAGAACAUAAAUUAAUGUGUCUUGCAAUCAAGAAGGAACAGUCAGCUUUUAAAGCAUUUCACUAAUGGAUAAAUGCCGGUGAGCUCUUAGGAUUUGAUUGCAUCAUAUGGCGAUUACAACCUGCGUCAAUGACAUGCCUAUCCACUCUGAAAACUGACAUAUACAAAUGUUCAUUGUAUCCUCUACGGAAUAAGUCUGCCGCCUUUAUUGGUGAACUAUAAAUAAGAUCAGAUAGUCAUGUCACUCGCAUUUUCAUCUCGGCUUAUACAGAAUGUGAAGGUCAGCGCAUCAAUGUUAGACUGCAGUGGAAAUUCUGAAGCGUCGACUAAACCAAGCAUAAACAUUCAUAAAAUGAGAAAAAAAAACACUUUCUAAACUACUUACGUCGAUCCAAGAUAAGAUUGUGGAAGAAUGAAUGGACACUGAAGUGGAAUUUCUACGACGGAAUAGAAUGCCCCUUUCAGAAAAAGACAACAACCUUAAAGAUCGCAUUGUUAGUGUCUUCUAGAAAAUCUCAGCCUCGUUUAAGAAAUGCCCACCAGUGAUGAUAUUACACAUUUUUCAAGAAACCAGCUACUUGUUCUUAUUGCCAAAGACGAUAAAACCAUCUGCCAUGAGUAGCUGUUUUUAAAAUACCCUGGACGAGAAUCUUACACACGUAGUGAUUCAGUAAUUCUGAUAGAUUAUAGGACAAUAUCGCAUGCGUAUUCUACAAGCUAUUCAAUGUAUAUGUCACGUACUCAUAUUAGAACUAUAUGUAGAAACGAGGUUUUCACUUUCCCUUCCGUGUUUCGUUGCAUACGUAAUACGUAUUUCGCUAUUUAUUACUGUGCCAAGAUUGAAAUUGAAAUUUACGAAUGAUUGUUUGCUCGGUAUCUGUAUAACCAUUCGUGUUCUCAAUAUAACCAUUUAAACAUUUCGUGAUAUAUAUAUAUAUAUAUUCAUAUAAUAGCUAUUUACAUCAGCGUUUAUCACAGCUCUUAUUCAUCUAUUUUAUGUAUAUUCGUAACUUCUACAUUCAACAUGGGUAGAUUUAAUCACAUAAAAUCUAUAGCGUAGUGGCGUGUAUUCAACAUAUUUAUAGGCAUAUAUUGGUGUGAGAAGGUCAAGUUAUUUCAAUCUCAGUUCCGAGAAUUUCUUCUGAAAAUGCAUUACGUAUUCAAAAGUGUAUCUCAACUAGUAACAAAGCUAUGUUCUAUAUCAUUAAAGUGUCAGUAUAACCAUAUGCGAUAUUUUGAUGUUUUUUUAAAUAAAGUUUGGAAGAACAAA